AUGUCUCGUCUCGUCAAUAGUGUCAAGUCGUUCUCGACGACAGCUUCAUCCCUUCUUUCCGACGCGACCGCGGCUUCCGUUCGCCCGCCCUCCUUCAAGGUCUGCCGCGAUGUUCCCUCAAUUCGGGGGCUGCGACGCCAGCUGCUGCAGAAAGAAAGGACCGUAGGGUUCGUUCCUACCAUGGGGGCCAUUCACGAGGGCCACCUGUCCUUGAUUCGGGCAGCCGCUCGCGAGAACACAGACAUAUUCGUCAGCAUCUUUGUCAACCCCACACAAUUCGGCGUCACAGAAGAUCUAUCCAGCUAUCCUCGCACAUGGGAUGCCGAUGUUGAGAAAUUGGAGAAAUUGAACGAGGAGCUGGAGCGCCUGGGAGAGAACAGUGCGAGCGCCGGGCGCAUCACUGCCAUUUUCGCCCCGACAUCAAAAGCCAUGUACCCUUGUCUGCCUCCCUCCUCAGAAGUCGAUGGACAUGGCUCCUUCGUCACCAUUACCCCGUUGUCCACAAAACUAGAGGGAGCUUCUCGCCCGGUAUUCUUCCGUGGUGUGGCGACUGUCUGCAUGAAGCUUUUCAACAUCACAACCCCUGACCGCGUCUAUUUUGGUCAGAAAGAUGUCCAGCAGACUGUGGUUAUCAAGCGCAUGGUGAAGGACUUCCACAUUGGGACCGAAGUUCGAAUCAUUGAGACUACACGAGAGCACGAUGGCCUGGCGCUGAGCUCGCGCAAUGUCUACCUGGGAGAUCGGAGACGAACCGUCGGACUUACCAUCUACAAAGCGCUCAAGGCGGCGGAGAAUGCCUAUCUGACUGGCAAGACCAGCAGAGAAGACAUCCUUGGAGCUGCCCAGAGCGUAGCACAGUCCGUCCUUGCUCAGCAGCAAGGUCUUUCGCCUUCUGAAAGAGCGCUUUACGAGGUUGACUACAUUUCUCUCGCUGAUCCUGACACCCUCGACGAGUUGGAAACCGUCGAGCCGACCAAGGGUGCGGUCUUGAGUACCGCAUUCAAAAUGGCACCGCUGGAGGAGACAAACGCCGGCGAGGACUGUGGUUUGGGUGAUGGCAAGGUGCCCGUGCGAUUGAUUGACAAUCUCAUUUUGCACCCUCGCGCUUGA